AGGAGGCGGAGCCUUCAGAACACCAAGAAACAAGGGCAAGGGGGUGAAGAGGAGGCGGAGCCUUCAGAACACCAAGAAACGAGGGCAAGGGGGUGAAACGAGGAGGCGGAGCCUUCAGAACACCAAGAAACGAGGAGGCGGAGCCUUCAGAACACCAAGAAACAAGAGCAAGGGGGUGAAGAGGAGGCGGAGCCUUCAGAACACCAAGAAACGAGGGCAAGGGGGUGAAACGAGGAGGCGGAGCCUUCAGAACACCAAGAAACGAGAGCAAGGGGGUGAAACGAGGAGGCGGAGCCUUCAGAACACCAAGAAACGAGAGCAAGGGGGUGAAACGAGGAGGCGGAGCCUUCAGAACACCAAGAAACGAGAGCAAGGGGGUGAAACGAGGAGGCGGAGCCUUCAGAACACCAAGAAACGAAAGCAAGGGGGUGAAAAGAAGAGGCGGAGCCUUCAGAACACCAAGAAACGAGGGCAAGGGGGUGAAGAGGAGGCGGAGCCUUCAGAACACCAAGAAACGAGGGCAAGGGGGUGAAACGAGGAGGCGGAGCCUUCAGAACACCAAGAAACGAGGGCAAGGGGGUGAAACGAGGAGGCGGAGCCUUCAGAACACCAAGAAACGAGGGCAAGGGGGUGAAACGAGGAGGCGGAGCCUUCAGAACACCAAGAAACGAGGGCAAGGGGGUGAAACGAGGAGGCGGAGCCUUCAGAACACCAAGAAACGAGAGCAAGGGGGUGAAACGAGGAGGCGGAGCCUUCAGAACACCAAGAAACGAGAGCAAGGGGCCCAGCGUCUUCUUCAGUGCAACAGGAGAAACUACAAGAAACAAAUCUAGAAAACAAACAGUGCUGUAUUCAGCGAGGAGGUGAAACUAUGAGAAACAAAGUCAAGCAGAUGAAUGUUUCAGCGAGUGCAUUCUUCAGGGCAGUAAC